UCCCCUUUCCCGAGCUCUGGAAGCCAGACGCCCCCCGAGAGCCUCCUCGCCCAUUCCAGUAGCCACUGGAGAAGGACCCGCCGCCACCGCCGCUGCCGGAGAAUCCCGAGCUAUAGCCACCGUAGCUGCUGCCAUCAUUCCAGGUUCCUCUGCCGUAGCUGCUGCCAUCAUUCCAGGUUCCUCUGCCGCUGCCUUUUCCUUUGUUCUUUCCUUUUUCUCGAUCUCCAUUCCUCCCUCGACCGUCUGUGUAAUUUGCUUCGGUGGGAGGCGGUCCAAGGAUGCCAGAAAGAGGAGCUGAGACCGACUGCUCAUGUAUGGCCGCAUAGGAACGGCGUUCUUCAUGCCCCAUGAGAAGUGAGCAUCGAUUGAGAGCCCUUGCGAAGAUCACGCCACUGCUGCUCCAAGAGGUCCUCUUGAGCUGCUGUCUGGUUGAGGAAGGCAGUUUCCAGGGAACGCCAAGCUUCGUGGGAUGUCUUGGCAGAGAGUAUGGUGACGCCGAUGUCUUCAGUUACUGCAAGCAUAAUGCAGGUCAGUGCAAACCUGUCUCUGGACACCUAGUAUUGAUGCUCUGGAUUUUGCGAGAUACUGCCGUCUUGUCCUUGGACAGUUUUGCUGGGUUCUGGUACUUGACCCUCAGCGUAGGAAAGGAGGCCAUAGGUCUCUAGUAAGGGACUCAUAAUACCCUUCCAGAACAUGUAGUUCUGACCAUUCAGUUUAACUUGAACAGUAGGAAUAGAGGAGGGAGGGUUUAGAAUUGAGGUAGAGUCAGCCAUAAUUGGUUUAAAGAUCAGAAGAAAGUUGGGAAGAGGGAGAGAGGAGAUAGAUUGAUCAAGAAGUAGGUUGACGGGAUCGAGAUCGAGUGUAUAGAUUACUCGAUCGUUGGCUCUGAUAUCAUAUAAUAAUGUAGAAUUGUGGCUGAAACCUCAACAUAACGUUAGAGGUAUGUUGUAUUGAAUUAUAUAGUGCCUAUACAUGAUAUGUUUAAGGAAAACAAUAAAUACAAUUAAUUACAUGAUUAUAAUACGAUAUCUAUAUAAGGAA